AUGCUGUCUACGAGAGCGGUGCCCAAGCAGGCCGUCACCGUCUCACGGACUGCCGUGAGAGGUCUGGCAACUGUCCAGGAUGGCACCCCGAAGCGAACAUACGGUGGUCUGAGGGAUCAGGACCGCAUCUUCCAGAACCUCUACGGACGGUACCCUGCCGACCUUGCCAGCGCCAAGAAGAUGGGUGACUGGCACAAGACCAAGGAGAUUAUCCAAAAGGGCCACGAUUGGAUCAUAGGCGAGGUCAAGGCAUCUGGUCUUCGUGGCCGUGGCGGUGCUGGCUUCCCUUCUGGUCUGAAAUGGUCCUUCAUGAACCCAAAAGGCUGGGAUCAAGACAAGAAGCCACGAUACCUCAUCGUCAACGCUGACGAGGGUGAACCCGGCACGUGCAAGGACCGCGAGAUCAUGCGCAAGGACCCCCACAAGCUGGUCGAGGGGUGCCUCGUCGCUGGCCGCGCCAUGAACGCCACGGCUGCCUACAUCUACAUUCGCGGCGAGUUCUACCAAGAAGCCGCCAUCCUCCAAAACGCCAUCAACGAGGCUUACAAGGACGGUCUGAUCGGCAAGAACGCGUGCGACUCUGGCUACGACUUUGACGUCUUCAUCCACCGCGGAGCUGGUGCCUACGUGUGUGGCGAGGAGACGUCACUGAUCGAGUCGCUCGAGGGCAAGCCUGGCAAGCCCCGUCUCAAGCCCCCCUUCCCGGCCGCUGUAGGUGUCUUCGGCUGCCCUUCCACCGUGGCCAACGUGGAGACCGUCGCCGUGGCGCCUACCAUUUGCCGCCGCGGCCCCGACUGGUUCGCCAGCUUUGGCCGCGAGCGCAACCAGGGCACCAAACUGUUCUGCAUCUCGGGCCACGUCAACAACCCCUGCACGGUCGAGGAGGAGAUGUCCAUCCCCCUGCGCGAGCUCAUUGAAAAGCACUGCGGCGGCGUCCGCGGCGGCUGGGACAACCUCCUGGCCGUCAUUCCUGGCGGCUCGUCCACGCCUAUCCUUCCCAAGAGCGUCUGCGACGACCAGCUCAUGGACUUCGACUCCCUCAAGGACAGCCAGUCCGGUCUCGGCACGGCUGCCGUCAUCGUCAUGGACAAGAGCGCGGAUGUCGUCCGUGCCAUCAGCCGUCUGUCUCACUUCUACCGUCACGAGUCCUGCGGACAGUGCACUCCUUGCCGUGAGGGUAGCAAGUGGACCGAGCAGAUCAUGCAGCGCUUCGAGGCCGGUGAAGCCCGUGAACGUGAGAUUGAUAUGCUCCAGGAGCUUACCAAGCAGGUCGAGGGCCACACCAUCUGUGCCCUCGGUGAAGCUUUCGCCUGGCCCCUCCAGGGUCUCAUCCGUCACUUCCGACCAGAGCUCGAGGCCAGGAUUCAGAAAUACUCUUCUCAGCAUGGAGGUCAGGCCUUUGCCGGUGGAUGGGAGAGGUCGGCGAGACAGCAGGGUAAGCUGAUUGCUCCUGGGCAGUAA